UCCCCGCUACGCGACUGCGAACACCGCGCCGCGUCCGCGUCAUUGAACAACAAGACUCGCUCGAUGGCAGGCGUUUUCCUGCCAAUAUGAAAAGAGUUAAGCAACUCUAUCACAAAAUACGCGAUAGUGGAAUUUCUAUGUUAUUCUUAUUUUACAAAUAAUUUAUUUUUAUAGUGUUGUUGCAUUGGAAAACAUAUUUUUAUUUAUUAGUGAAUAAAACCUAGAUAAUUAUUGUAAAUACGCUUUACUGGUGUUGUAUUCGCCGUACAGUGCUCUGUGAUUGUUUUGUUUAAAUAUUCUAAGCUUCGGGAAAAUAGCAAAAAACAGUGAUAGUGUGGAUUAACUAUCCAGCCCCGCAAUAUCGAGUGAUCAACCAGUUUCUAGUGUCUCGAUUGAGGUGUCAUCGGAUUCAUUGACACAAGCAUCACUAACUGUCAUCAAUAGGUGGAAAACCUACAAAAAUUGUGGACGACACUGAUUCAAAUAUGUGUUGUGAUUUGCAGAUGCUCUCGGUUCAAGUGCCGGGGUGCGCGGGCAUGGAGCGGCUGGGCGCGCCGGGGGGACCGCGCCUACGGCACGAUCACAGACAUCACCAUUCCACAUUGGAAUGGGAGAAGCAGCAAAGACUGCAAGAGAUGGUGGGACGGAUCCAGGAGAUGGUGGAACAAGAAACGCGCGCGCGGUCCGCCGCCGCGGCAGAGAGGCUCCGCCUCCCGCCCAGCAUACAGCUGCCCGACGGCGAGUACGGACAAGACGCGCAUUUACAGUUACGAGUCCCUUAUCAGCAAGCCGAGCUGACGAGAAGCAGCUUCCAGCCGCCGCCGAACAAGUGCGUGAGCGACGUGCCGGAGUGGGCGGGCGACGGCGCGGGCGCGGCGCGGCGCGCGGGCAAGAAGGACGGGCUGCUGCAGAAGGCGACGCGCUGGUGGGGGCGCAUGGGCGCGCGGCCGGGCGCGGGCGGCGCGGGCCCGCCGCCCUGCGUCAUGGUGCCGCGCCGCCCGCGCGCGCCGCCCGACGCCUGA